AUGGUCGAUAAGGGCUAUGAUAGACUCCCAGCUCUGCAAAGAGAUCCAUUCUGGGAUGAAGAAAUAGAACUUCUUUACUCGGAAGAAUCAGCAAAGCUUCCUAGUCUCCCUCUUAAAGGUUCACUUAGCGAAGUGAGAUCUUAUUCUCGUGGACAGCUUUAUGACGAAGAACAAGCUCAAAAGAACGAGAUUAAUGGACAACGUCCAAUUUCGGAUAUCAUCGAAGCUGACGAAGAUAAACAAACUGAGAAGAAAUCGUCG